AUGGAGGCCGCCAUUGCGACAAUCCUUGACCCUCAGGGUCUUCUUUCCAAAGAGUCGGCAAGUCAAGUGUCUCCUCCACCAGCGUAUUCUCCCCAGUCACGACACAGCCCUGCCAGGAUGGCCGCAGCUGGAGAUGCACAAAUGUACUCUACUCUGCCUUCGCCGCCAGUGGUACUCGGUCGAGCUCCUCUGUCUGCUAUCCUCGCCAGCGAGGAUGAAGCCGACUCCGAAGAAGGCCAGUCGCCUAUUAGCCUACGAAUCAAUACCUCCAUCAGAAUCUCAAGUCAUAACAACAUCGUUUGCUUCAACGAUACUCCCUCGGAACAUGCCAACGCCAUUGCUCGAGCUGUGGUCGUUGCUCUCCAGGAAAACAGCUCUGGACAAUGUGGCAUUCCGAUGAUUGAUGAAGAUGGUCGACCAAGACCUGUUCGAAUCGAAGUCGACGCUGGCGUGGAAGUACAAGGCUCAGGAAAUGUGGUUGGUAAUGAAAAGAUUGUCAAUGACGUCUUGAGGCAACGUCGUCAGCUUCGUCGUCAACGCGGACAGGGGUCGGACGAAGAAGAUGACCAAGAUGAGUCUGCUAAGCGCAGGAGGACCGAGUAA